AUUUUUUAUGCAGAAUGAACAAGUUGUGUACAGUUACUAUUUGGUUGAAUGGUAAAUUUGUCCAUACACCCAAACUGGCUUAUGUAGGUGGCAAAAUGGAAGUAGUGGAUCGAAUUUGCUUAGACUACAUGAACCUAGAUAACCUAUUCCAGAUAUAUCGUAUGAGUGGGGGGGAAAAAACUAAUAUUCAGUUCUACUUUGUUUAUAGUAUCCAAUUCCUAGUGUCAGCACAUGAAGACUUAGACCACCUAACAUUGUACACAGAAGAGAAUGACAGAGAACCUUUAAUUGCAAUUGAUGUGAAUGGAAAUGUGAUUGUGGAUAAAGGGGAAACUCUCCUGCUUAAGUACAGUGAAGGGAAUACAAGAGAGACAGUAGAGACUGUAAACAUUGAAGAUGAUGCACCAAUGGAUGAAUAUGGGACACAAAUGAAUGAAGAUGAGGCACCACUGAAUCAAGAGGAGGAAAAUGAGACACCAAUUACUGAAGAUGAGGCAGCACUGAAUCAAGAGCCAUUGAAUCAAGAGGAGGCACCAAUGAAUGAAGAUGAGGCAGCACUGAAUCAAGAGCCACUGAAUCAGGAGGAGGCACCAAUGAAUGAAGAGGAGGCAACACUGAAUGAAGAGGAGGCAUCACUGAAUGAAGAUGAGCCAGUUAAUAAAGAAGAUGCACCAAUAUUUGAAGAUGAUUCUUCAGAUGAAGAUUAUGUUCAAUCUGACACUGACGAUGGUGAUGAUGAUAUACCCUCUGAUGCCCCAAGUGAAGAGUUUGCUGACAUUGAAGGCUCCUCUGAAGAUGAUAUCUUUUUGGACAGAAAUUCAAGUAAGAAAGAUCUAGCUAGAAAACUGAGGCAAAUGCUGAACAAGGAAAAGAGGUCAGUCCAGAGGUAUAAAAAAUGCAGAGUCAAUCCAUCUCAACAGACCACUGAUUGGUAUAGUGAUGUUGAUGAUGAAGAUGAUAUUGAAAAUCUGAAUUUCUUAGACAGUGAGAGGAGAAGAGUUCCUAGUUUCAGUGAAGGGGAAACAAUGAAAAACAGAAAUCUUGAAGUUGAAAUGGAUAUGAACUGCUCCUUAAAGAAUGAAAGGACAAGAGUGACUGCAACAUGCAAGGAAGAGGCUUGCAAAUGGAGGAUCCAUGCCUCUGUUGUUCAAGGAAGUCAAAUGUUUCAGGUUAAGACCCUAACAGGUGAGCACACAUGUUCAAGAAAAAGGGAGAACAAACAUGCCACUGCCAAGUAUCUUGGAAUGAGGAUGGAACAAGGCAUUAAAGACAAUGCAGAUAUUGGUAUUCAAAAGUUUCAAAACAGUAUACUGAGGAAGGUUGGGGUUGAAUCUAGUUACUGGAAAGCAUUAAGGGCAAAAAGAGUAGCAAUGACCAAGAUAAGAGGCCAAGAUGAGAAAGAAUACACCCAAUUAUGGGAUUACUGUGAGACCCUCAGAAGCACUAAUCCUGGAACAAAGGUAUUGCUUAGGAAGUUGUAUCUCUCUGACCCCCCAGUGUUUGAAAGAAUGUUUUUCAGUCUUAAAGGCAUGAGGAUGGGAUUUUUAGAAGGUUGUAGACCAUUGAUUGGUCUAGAUGGCUGUUUUCUCAAAACACCACAUGGGGGGCAACUGUUAUGUGCAGUUGGUAGGGAUGGGAAUGACAACUUAUUCCCAAUUGCUCUUGCUGUGGUUCCUAUUGAAAACAGGGAGAUGUGGACAUGGUUUCUGUCUGAAUUGUUGGAUGUCAUUGGUGGUGCUGAGGAUGGGAAGUGGACAUUUAUUUCUGAUAGACAGAAAGGGCUGUUGGAGACCAUUAAGGAGAUUGCCCCCAGGUGUCCUCACAGAUUCUGUGUUAGGCACAUAUACCAAAAUUUUAAACAAAAAUGGACUUCAUUAGAGUUAAAACAGUUGUUGUGGAGGGCUGCUUCAACAGGAAAUACUAAUGAAUUUCAACAACAUUUGAGGGCAAUUGAGAGGAUUGAUGCAGGGGCAGCCAAAUGGUUGAGGGAGAUAGAGCCUUACCAUUGGUGUAGAGCUUAUUUCAGAAGAGGAUGCAACUCUGAUGUAGUUGUGAAUAAUCUGUGUGAGUCUUUCAACAACUUCAUUCUUCAAGCAAGAGAGAAGCCAAUUGUUAGUAUGUUUGAGUGGAUCAGAGCAAGACUAACAACCAGAAUUCAGGUAAAAAGGGAGGGCAUGGAGAAGUAUGAGGGCCAAAUCUGUCCAAACAUACUUAAAAAGAUCAACAAGUAUGAGAAAUAUGCAAGAAACUGUUUCCCAAGAUGGUGUGGGGGAGAUGAAUUUGAGGUUGAAGCAUAUACUGAUAGAUAUGUGGUUCAUCUUGACAAGAGGACCUGCACUUGUGGUAUGUUUCAGCUCAAUGGAUACCCAUGCCCCCAUGCAUGGACUUGUAUAUUGGACAGAAGAUUGAAAGUAGAAGACUAUGUGGACCACUGUUAUUCAAAAAGCAUGUAUUUGAAGGCUUAUAGUCACAUGGUACAUGCAGUUCCUGGACCAAGAGACUACAUAAUCACUUCACAUGAGCCACUUCUACCCCCAAUGUACAAGAAAAAGGCUGGGAGACCUAAGAGGGGAAUUCCAGUGGUGAACCAAAUGUCCAGACCACUUCUGCACCAACAGCCCAAACCACUUCUGCACCAAGAGGCCAAACCACUUCUGCACCAAGAGGCCAAACCACUUCUGCACCAAGAGCCCAAACCAGUUCUGCAACUAGAGGUCAAACCACUUCUGCACCAAGGAAAUCCACUACCCCAAGUAACCCUUCACCACAAAGGACUUCACUGCACCAAGGUCUCAAAGUACUUCUGUUGCACCAAGUACUGA